AUGCUGAACGCCCAGAUAAUCAGCUUGAGGCGCCAAGGAAAAGAAAAUGUAAAGCACAAGCCAGCGAUUGAAAAUGAAAAUUUGGCGAAACUUAAAGCUUCUCAAGCCAUCGCAGUCACUAACCCUCUUUCCUUGCUUCGAAAUGUGUGGUUUCAUGUUGUCCUGUUUUUUUGUCGGAGAGGAAGAGAAGGGCAAAGGGAGCUCAAAAGAUCGAGUUUCACAUUUGAAGCGGUGCCUCUGGAAGAAGGUUCGUCACGAUGGCGCAUAAUGAGGUAACUAAAAAUCAUCCAGGAGGUGUAAGCGAUGUCCCAAGCAAUGAAAAAUUGGCACGGAUGUACGAAACCUCUGAUGGACGACGGUAACAAAGCCAUGCAGCUGUAUAUCUCGAAGUUGAAUCCUAAAAGCGAUGCAUUUUUUCAAUACCCAAAGAAGCAGUGGAAUUACGAUGAUGACGUCUGAUACGAUGCUCGACCGAUCGGUGUAAACAAGCUCGACAACAUGAUGAAAAGCAUCAGUGAGGCUGCAAAACUGUCGAAAAUGUACACCAACCACAGCGUUAGGGCCACUGCGAUUACCUCGUGGUCAAAUGCCGGAAUCCAAAAUCGCCACAUUAUGGCAAUAUCUGGUCACCGUAGUGAGCAGAGUCUGGCGCACUACAACACGCAGCCUUCCACUUCACAACUACAACACUGCAGUGAAGUUUUGUCAAGUAGUCUA